AUGUCAAGUCUUAGCUACACCAAUACCAUUGAUGAGUCCACAAGUCAGUCCAUGGAUCUGAUUACAAUAUCUGACAUAUUUGACACUGAGAAUUUUGAUGAAUUCUGGAUUGCUGCGAGGAUCAAUGGUAUUGAGUCACCAACAGAUUGGUUCUAUACUUCCUGUCCAAAAAAGGGUUGUAAUAAGAAAUUAGAACUCUCAGAAGGGGUGAACAAAUGUUUCAAGUGUAUGCAAGUUCGUAAUACCCAUGUUCUAAGGUAUAAACUUAGAGUACGUGCUGUGGACAUGAAAGGUAAUGCUUCAUUUUUGCUAUGGGAUCGAGAGUGCAUGGAGUUAAUUGGGAUUGCAGCUGCUGAUUUAUAUGACAGUUAUACAGAUGGUUUUCUAAGUGAUGAAGCUGACAACCCAAUUGCAACUCUGCCGCCAGUUACUCAUGAUGCUACUGAGGGACCUGUCAAGAGGUUCAUGCUGCAAUUGAGGGUGGCGAAUCCAUGCUAUACAAGUACCACUGAAGAGGAUGAAACUUCAUGGAGGGUUCAUACAAGUACCACUGAAGAGGAUGAAACUUCAUGGAGGGUUCAAAUGAUAGUGACUGAAGAGGAUGAAACUUCAUGGAGGGUUCAAAUGAUAGUGAUUCUGAAAGAUUCACAUCAUGUAGUCAGCAAGGAGUACCUUUCAAUAGAACUUUUAUACUUUCAGUCCACAAUUACGUAUACUUUUCAGUUAAAAAACGAAAACCAUCCAUCAAUCAAGGCAACCAAUCUCCAAACUCCCAGGAAUGUUAAACGAUCUCAGUUUUCAGAACCAUGUGUAGUCGGUGUUUUUGAAAAUACUUUGAAUUCCCCAUUGAGCAUUAUAACUCAAAGUGGUAACUUAAUCAAAUCGAGCAUUAGCUCAAACAAUAAAUCUGAGCAUAUCUUAAGGGGUAACAAAGAUACACAGUUACGAUUCAACAUGCAUGGCACUCUUCCAUUGUCUGAUGUCACUAAUGGUUUGCCGGCCAGUCAUGUGUGUUUGGGAUCAAGUAUUCCAGUCGAAAGCAAUGGAUCCACUCUUAAAAGUCAUGCGCUUGAAGUCAACCGAUGUUUAGAAGUUGAGUUUGCAGAGGCUGCUCAGAUCAAGGAUCAAGUGUCACCCAGCGAGGAUGUUCAGUACAGUGAUAUUGGUGACCCAAGCAAUAUUUGCGAUCAUUGCAAUGCUAUUUUUUGGUAUGAGGAACGAAUUAAUAAGAAUGUCCGCAAUGGUAGUGUCAAAUACCCAGGAUGUUGUGCUCAUGGCAAAAUCAAGUUACCAAAAAUGAUAAAACCUCCGAGACGAGCAAAGAUUGACAAAUCUAUAAACAAUGGUUCUUGCCCGCCAAUGUUUAGGAUUAGUGGUCAGAAUUUUCAUCUAAUGGGAGGCCUAAGACCCCAAGAUGGUAGCAGCCCAAAAUUUGCCCAACUGUACAUACAUGACACAGAGAAUGAAAUUCAAAAUCGCAUCAAUGCAUUCGGGGGUAACAAUGAUGACGACAAACUACAGGAAGAUAUAGUGGAAGAUAUUAAGCAAGAUUUGGAUGAGCAUAAUGUGUUAGUUAAAACAUUCCGUUUUGCAAAAUCCAAAAUGGAGAAUAAUCCAAGUGUAGAGUAUAAGAUAAGGUUGAUUGGCAAGCGAAACGGUGAUGCACGGACUUACAACUUACAAACUGCAUCAGAGGUUGCUGCUUUAAUUGUAGGAGAUUUAUCCCCUACGUCAGGUAACCAAGAUAUUUUGGUGGAGAGUAAUUCAGGAUCCCUAAAGAGGAUAAAUGAGCUUAACCCAGCGUAUUUGCCGUUGCAAUAUCCGUUACUGUUUCCCUAUGGAGAAGACGGUUAUAGGGAAGAUAUUCAAUUCAACAUCUCGAGGAAGAAGGAAAGUGGAGGUAGAGUCCGUGUUUCACAACGUGAGUUCUUCGCAUAUAGGAUGCAUGACAGGUUUAAUGAAGUGUCAACAAUUCUAUAUGCCAAGAGACUUUUCCAACAAUUUUUGGUCGAUGCAUACACCAUGGUUGAAUCCAGCAGGUUGUUGUUUAUUAGGAACAAUCAAAAGGCUUUAAGGUGUGAAGCCUACAAAGGACUAUCCGAUGCAUUGACUAGAGGUGAAGUGGAUAAGCCCGUCAAGUGGCCAGAAAUACAAAGGUACUUGAAAAAAUGUCAGCUGAAGGCUGAAGACAGACCUGAUAUUGUAUGUAGGGUCUUCAAAAUGAAGCUUGAUUGUUUGGUUAAAGAGAUAAGGGCAGGUCAUCUCUUUGGUGUUGUCACAGCAGACAAAGUGGAAGAUUAUGAGUACUACAAAGCUGUAGAAGAAUUUAUGAUUCAUGGACCGUGUGGAUUACACAAGACUACCUCUCCAUGCAUGGUGAACAACAAGUGUUCUAAACACUUUCCGAAGAAAUUUGUUGAUGUUUCUUCUUGGGAUGCUGAAGGCUACCCAAUAUACAAGCGUUCUGAUAAUGGUAGAUUUGUGCAAAAGAAUGAGGUCCAAUUACAUAGUCGAUACGUGGUUCCACAUAAUAGAUACCUACUUCUCAAAUACAAAGCACACAUCAAUGUUGAAUGGUGUAACCAGUCGAGGUCAAUCAAGUACCUCUUCAAGUAUGUCAACAAAGGAAAUGACAGGGUGACAGCUGAGUUCUACAAGAGUACUAACGAGGAUGGUCAAGAUGAGGUUGUUGAUGAAAUAAGCAUGUUUUAUGAUUGCAGAUAUGUAUCUGCAUGCGAAGCUGCAUGGAGGCUCGAUUGCAGAUAUGUAUCUGCAUGCGAAGCUGCAUGGAGGCUCCAUUGCAGAUAUGUAUCUGCAUGCGAAGCUGCAUGGAGGCUCCUUAGCUACGACGUCCAAUUCAGGCAACCUCCCGUAGAACGACUUAGCUUUCACUUCCAAUUCAGGCAACCUCCCGACGAUGACAAGAUAGAAGAUGUUCUCAACAGGCCCACGGUAAAUCAAAGCAUGUUCACUGCAUGGUUCGAUGCAAACAAGACUUUUGAUGCUGCUAAACAAUUGGCUUACAUUGACAUGCCUACCAAGGGUUUGUUAGACGAUGAUAAAGAAUACAUCGAUGCAAUCAAUGAAGCAAGCGAGUGGUCUACUGCAAAGUAUGGCAUCACCUUGCAGAAGACAUGCAAUACAACAGACGAACAGCCUUGCAGGAUAAAGAUAUUUGUUCAUCGGAUUGAGAUUGAGCGACUGUUACAGUUAUACAAUAAGUCUUUGAAAGAUUAUCCUCAAAUGCCAAUUCCAAACUUUGACGAUUCAUGGUUAGUUCAUAAUCGUUUGGUGUUUGAAGAGAUGGCUUACGACCGUGCUGCACUAGGUAAGGAGACCGAACAAAUGGAGGAGGAGCUAACUGAUGAACAAAGAGUGGUUUAUGAUACUGUUAUCAAUGAUGUAUGCCAAAACAUGGGUGGUCUGUAUUUCGUUUAUGGCUANGCGUCAAGUGGCAUCGCAUCACUGCUACUACCCGGAGGAAGAACAACACAUUCUAGGUUUGCAAUACCAAUUGUGUUAACAAAUGACUCCACAUGCAACAUCAUUCCUGGCAGCCAACUUGCAGAACUCAUGACUAUCGCUAAACUUAUUAUAUGA